CAAUGUUGGAAAGAUCGUUUCCGGAGAAGGUUUGAGCUUGUUCCGGUGCUGACAUUAGUGGGAAUAGCUAGUCAGCCAGCUAACAGUCGUAUGAAUUAGCUAGAUAAUUCACCCACAAGGAUUUUAAGCUCACACUUUCGGAAAUCUGGUUACAAUUUUUGGAAGAAAAGUAGGCACAUUUCGAACAAGUGGAACGACAAUGUCGCUGACACCGGUCACAGUAGCUACAAGUUAGCCAGCUUGCUAACUAGCUAUGUUCACAACAAAAAGCGUUCGUGGGAACAUCGUUCACCGGCGUGGGGGACCAGCAGCUGCUCUUGUUUUUAUUGACUUCAGUCAGUAUUUUUGCUAGUGGUACCUCUAUCACAUAUAUAGCUAUAUAUACACUUUCAACUUCAAUUAAACUAUAGUGGACGGGUCUUCGCCGAGUUUACGUAACUUAGCUAGCUAGCCAGUUUACUGGUUUUGUUCGGUUGUGGAUAGCCGGUGAAUCUGUCUUAACAUUAGGCCAUCGUAGAAUCCCAUUGCAGAUAUUCAUCGUUUUUUUUUUAACUUUGAAACGGAAACUUUUAAACGAUGGCCUCUUCGUCUGGGAACGACGACGAUCUCACCAUACCAAGAGCAGCUAUUAAUAAAAUGAUCAAAGAAACUCUCCCUAACGUUCGGGUUGCAAACGACGCCAGGGAACUCGUGGUGAAUUGCUGCACUGAAUUCAUUCACCUCAUAUCGUCAGAGGCUAAUGAAAUUUGUAACAAGUCUGAAAAGAAAACAAUUUCUCCCGAACACGUUAUUAAUGCACUUGAAAGCUUGGGCUUUGCGUCCUACAUCACCGAAGUGAAAGACGUCUUGCAGGAGUGUAAAACUGUAGCACUUAAACGAAGAAAGGCAAGCUCGCGCCUAGAAAACCUUGGCAUUCCAGAAGAAGAGCUGCUCAGACAGCAACAGGAGCUGUUCGCCAAGGCGCGGCAGCAGCAGGCGGAGCUGGCGCAGCAGGAGUGGCUGCAGAUGCAGCAGGCUGCGCAGCAGGCGCAGUUGGCCGCCGCGUCGGCCAGCGUGCAGCAGGCGGGCUCCUCUCAGGACGAGGACGAAGAGGACGACAUGUGACCCCCGCACACCGUGGCCCCGCCCCAAUCUCCCUACCCACCCCCCCUGUGAGGAAAGCGCCAUCACUGCCUGGCUGCUCCUCCUCUCUCCCGGGUAGAACAUCAACAGUGUCGAGAUUUUGGGACCCUUCCUUCCCACCAGCUUAAAAGGACUCGUGCCCGUUUUCACUUUCACUGCGAGGCUUUGCCUCCUGUUAGACUUUGUCAGGCUGGAGUCGGGAGAUCUCCACCAUCUUGAUCUCCAGCCCCUCCCACCCCAUCCCUCCCAUUCUUCCGGCAGUGUGGUUAACAGUGUUUUGACAUUAUUCAAAGGCAUAUUCAGGAUAUGCGCCCUCCGUAUCAGUUGGUUUUUUUUUUUCCCCCAUCCCUUUAUCUUUGGCUUUGUAAGGAUUUGUUCUAGAUUUGUCACGUUCCUGUGCGUGGAAGAUUAAAGAGGCGUCAAGUGAAAGUCGAACAGAACAUGCAAUCGUUCACUUGACUGGCAGGAUCAUUGUAGAUGGGUAACCUUCACAUUCUCCAAAUAUUGACCUCUUUAUGUUAUGUGACGUUUUUUUUUUCUUCCUAUAUAUUCAAUUAAAAUUUCAGUUAAAUAAUUGUUGCAAGAAGAUGUUCUUGCUUGAAGAGAUUUUUUCCCCCUCUCUGAGUUUCAUUGAGGGUUUUUCUGUAAAUUGAAUUAAAAAUGUGACUAUGUGAACUUUAGGUAUUUUUUAAGACAUUGUGUAUUUAGGGCUAGCCCCAAUUCCCCAAUACAGUAUUGCGGUGAAAGUAAACCCUAAUGGAUAUAGGAAUUACUUUUUGUCUUGUAGAACCAAAGAGAAGAAUAAAAUGAGAGAAACAGUAGAAAGAUGGAUUUAAAUGUGAGAAACUAUGGAUUGUCAUUAAGUGAGUGCUCUCCAUAGUAUUUUAUAGCUACAACAAGCUGGUGAACUGUAACAUCGCUAAAUUGGUUUUGACAUGGAGAGCCAUCCUUUUUUAAGCGAUGUGUAAAAAAAAGCUGCAUUGUGGAUGAGUGAUGUUUUGACUUCUGAUUGGUUACAGCUGUUCGUAAUGACCGUUCUCUUGCCUUCUCACAAGCUGUAUUCUGAGCAAUAAAGUCCACGUUUUAUAAAAAAGAAAA